AUGCAAUCGGAUUCCGUAAAAGUGUCGCCGUUUGAAUUCAUGUCUGCAGUUUUCAAUGGGAAAGUAAUGGAUGCAUUGAACGCAUCGGAAUCGGGAGAAUUGACGAUUCCACCGUCGUUGAAGAUGCUGGUGGAGAAUCGUGAGCUGCUGACGUUGUUUACAACGUCGGUUGCUGUGUUGAUUGGAUGCUUCGUCGUUUUGGUGUGGCGGAGAUCGUCGACGAAGAAACCAGUUCAGGAAUCGGAGCCUAUGAAGAUCGUUGUACCGAAGAGAGAGAAGGAACCAGAGGUUGAUGAUGGCAAGAAGAAAGUUACGAUUUUCUUCGGAACACAAACUGGAACUGCUGAAGGUUUCGCUAAGGCACUUUUAGAGGAAGCCAAAGUUCGAUACGAGAAGGCUUCUUUUAAAGCAGUUGAUUUGGAUGAUUAUGCUGCUGAUGAUGAAGAGUAUGAAGAGAGAUUUAAGAAAGAGUCUAUCGCCUUUUUCUUUUUAGCUACAUAUGGAGAUGGUGAGCCAACUGAUAAUGCUGCAAGAUUCUAUAAAUGGUUUACAGAGGGUGAUGCAAAAGGAGAAUGGCUUAAUAAACUUCAAUAUGGAGUGUUUGGCCUUGGAAACAGGCAAUAUGAGCAUUUCAACAAGAUUGCAAAAGUGGUUGAUGACACUCUUGUAGAACAAGGUGCAAAACGCCUUGUUCCUGUUGGCUUAGGAGAUGAUGAUCAAUGUAUUGAAGAUGAUUUCACUGCAUGGAAAGAAUUAGUUUGGCCUGAAUUGGAUCAAUUAUUACGCGAUGAAGAUGAUUCAACUGUUGCAACUCCUUACACUGCUGCUGUUUUGGAAUAUCGCGUUAUAAUUCAUGAAAAAAUCAACUCAUAUUCAGAAGAUCUAACUCAUACAAAUGGUCAUUCAAUUCAUGAUGCUCAACAUCCAUGCAGAUCGAAUGUGGCAUUCAAAAAGGAGUUACACACCCCUGAAUCCGAUCGAUCUUGCACUCAUUUGGAAUUUGACAUAUCCGACACUGGAUUAUCAUAUGAGACAGGGGAUCAUGUUGGUGUGUAUUGUGAGAAUUUAAAUGAAGUGGUGGAGGAAGCCAUUAAAUUAUUAGGGUUACGACAAGACACUUAUUUCUCAAUCCACACCGAUAAAGAAGAUGGAACUCCAAUUGGUGGGGCCUCCUUGCCUCCUCCUUUUCCUCCAUGCACUUUGAGAAACGCGUUGGCUCGUUAUGCAGAUGUUUUAAGUUCCCCCAAAAAGUCUGCUUUGAUUGCUUUGGCUGCUCAUGCUUCUGAUCCUAAUGAAGCGGAACGAUUAAAAUUUCUCGCAUCGCCAGCUGGCAAGGAUGAAUAUGCUCAGUGGAUAGUUUCAAGCCAAAGAAGUCUUCUUGAAGUGAUGGAAGCAUUCCCGUCUGCUAAACCUUCACUCGGUGUCUUCUUUGCUGCUGUUGCCCCUCGCUUACAGCCUCGUUACUACUCCAUUUCUUCUUCUCCGAAAAUUGCACAAAACAGAAUUCACGUUACUUGUGCAUUAGUUCACGAGAAAACACCAGCAGGCAGAAUCCACAAAGGCGUCUGUUCCACGUGGAUGAAGAACGCUGUGCCUUUGACCGAAAGUCAAAAUUGUAGCUGGGCGCCUAUAUUUGUUAGAACAUCAAAUUUCAGACUUCCUUCGGAUCCGAAAGUUCCGAUUAUCAUGAUUGGCCCAGGAACUGGACUUGCUCCUUUCAGAGGCUUCCUUCAAGAAAGAUCAUCUUUAAAGGAAUCCGGUGUAGACCUCGGAUCCUCUCUUUUAUUCUUCGGAUGCAGAAAUCGCAAAGUGGAUUUUAUAUACGAGGAUGAAUUGAACAAUUUUGUGGACACUGGUGCGCUUUCCGAGCUUAUUGUUGCUUUCUCGCGUGAGGGCCCCAUUAAGGAAUACGUGCAACACAAAAUGAGCCAAAAGGCGUCGGAUAUCUGGAACUUGCUUUGUGAAGGAGCGUAUUUAUACGUAUGUGGUGAUGCUAAAGGCAUGGCUAGAGAUGUACACAGAACCCUUCACACAAUUGUUCAAGAACAGGGAUCUCUAGACUCUUCUAAGGCAGAAUUGUAUGUGAAGAAUCUACAAACAUCAGGAAGAUAUCUUCGUGAUGUUUGGUAAUGAGGAAAAAGGGUGCAAAUAAUUUAUAAUUUUUAUUUUAUUUUUUCUUUUUAUCUAGUUCUUUCUGCCUACUCAUUUUUUUUGAUGGUGUAAUGUAAUUUGUAAGAUGUAAGAUGUAAUUUGGGAAGAGGGUGGUGAUGCAUUAUUUAUAGGUAUCCAAAUUGUAUGUCUUGUGUAAGAUGUAAGAUGUAAACAUGUGUCGUUAUGAACUCGAAACACUUGAAAUUGUUACCUUAUGACUCGAUUAAUAAAAGUUGUUAAGCAUAUA